AGCCUAUGUAGCCUACACGCAGAGGAAGAACGUCCGCCGCACAGCAAAGCCAAGACAGCCUUGUCCACAGUGAGAGAGGAAGAGAGAACAGAGAGCGAGAGGAGAGGUGGGGAAACAGCUGCAAGCGAACGCUCAACAUCAACAAGCUGCAUGAGUCGUCUAUAAAGGAAGAAAGCGGGGAUCUGGCGAGGACGGCGAGGGAGUUCCUGGCGUUUUUCCUCCUCCUCCUUCAAUUUUAAAUUGAACACCAGAGUCGCUACAAGUGUUGAAGCGAUGCUUUAGCGAAGCAAUUUUGUAGAUUGUUUCCUCUUCCAGCAUACCCGCCCGACGCCGCUCCAAUUCCUAGCAGCGACCCCCCCCCCCCCCCCCCCCAAAACAUCUGCGGACGCUCUCUGGAGGGAGAUGGCUGUUUUCCGUCUGUCGCUGCUGCUGCAAGUGGGAUUUGUGCUCGGAUCCAACCACAUUUACGCGGAAUGGUCAGACGCGAGGGCACCGGAGGCGUUUCGCGGCGCUCAGACGCACCGUCGGCAGCUGGCGCACCUCCGCACGCCUCGGCAGCCUCCGUGGGAACCGGCGGAGCUGCCGCACAAAGCGGAGGAGCGUCUCCCGAGGACGAUCGCGGCUUUCCUCCGCACCGGGGACUCGGCCGCCCUGAAGCACGUCAACUGCUCGCGGAGGUACGAGCUCACCUCUCUGCGGGGAAGGUCACGCGCCACCCCGCAUCGCUCCAUGAGCAGCGUGCUCGACACGGUGCUGCACGCCACAAACUUCCUCAACAUGGUCCUGCAAGCCAACAGGUCCAGGGAGCAGACUCUGCGGCGAGACAUCGAGUGGUACCAUGCGUUAGUCCGGAGCGUCCUGGAGGGGGACGCCAAGAUCCACCGGGCUGUUGUCACUUUCAACGCGGAUUCAUCCGCGGCGAGGCCCUCGGUGCUCCUCCAGGCCACCAGGGCCGGCGGGGAGAUAGUCCUCCAGGACCUCUCCGCCACGGCCCACCACCACCACCCGCACAACCACACAGCAGACACGGAGUGGUACCGCGAGGUGAAAACCAGAAAGAAGUCCAGCUUCCAGAAGCGGGUGCUGAGCCAAGAUUUCCGGUCGGUCGACAACUCUCUGAAACGCGGCGAGAGCUUCAUCCUGGACAAGACGCACGUCAAAUGGUCGGCGCCCUACCUGGAGUGUGAAAAGGGGAAUUUCAUCCCUCGCUGGCUUUUGACCUUAUCGGCUGCCUUUUAUGGCCUGAAGCCCAACCUGGCGCCCGAAUUCAGGGGUGUGGUGCGAGUGGACGUCAGCCUGCAGGACGUGGACAUCGACCAGUGCUCCGCUGACGGCUGGUUCGCCGGGACGCACCGAUGCAACCUGACCACGAUGGAGUGUUUGCCCAUCCACGGCCACGGGUUCGUCUUAGACAAGUACAAGUGUCACUGCAGGAAAGGCUUCUUCCACCCGAACAGAGUGGCUGUUAACGGCUUCAGCGGAGCGGGGAGGAGGGGAAAGGCUGCAGACAGUGGUCCCAACGCAGACGAGGGCUCCUCCAGCGACUGCCUGCCGUGCCAGCAGGGCUGCGCCUUCUGCAAGGACGACACCCCCUGCGUGGCGCAGGAGGACAGCGCGCUGCGCAUGGCCGUGCUCUCCUUCCAGUGCCUCUGCAUGCUGGUCGUCUUUGUCAGCAUGGUGCUCAUCUACCAUUUCCGUAGGAAUAAGAGCAUCCGAGCGUCGGGGCUGGUCCUGCUGGAGGCCAUCCUGUGUGGAGCUCUGCUCCUCUACUUUCCGGUGGGCAUCCUGUAUUUCCAGCCCAGCGUUUUCCGCUGCAUCCUGCUGCGGUGGGUUCGACUGCUGGGCUUCGCCACCGUCUACGGGACACUGACUCUCAAGCUGUACAGGGUGCUGAAGGUCUUCCUGUCGCGCACCGCCCAGAGGAUCCCCUACAUGACCAGCUGCCGAGUGCUGCGUCUGCUGGGCAUCAUCCUGCUCAUCGUGUGCUGGUUCCUGGUGGCCUGGACAUCUGCCGUCUGUCAGAACCCAGACAGGAAGCUGGCGCUCAUCGACGUGGGCUACACGCCCGAUGGGCUCCAGUUCAGCAUGUGCCUGCUGGAUCGCUGGGACUACAUGAUGGCUGUUGCGGAGUUCCUCUUCCUGCUGUGGGCCGUGUACCUGUGCUACGCCGUGCGGACGGUGCCGUCGGCCUUCCACGAGCCGCGCUACAUGGCCAUCGCUGUGCACAACGAGCUCGUGCUGUCGGCGAUAUUCCACGUCAUCAGGUUCACUCUGGCUCCUGAGCUCCAUCCCGACUGGAUGCUGCUACUGUUCUUCACCCACACCCACUUAACUGUAACAGUAACACUGGGUCUGCUACUCAUUCCUAAGUUUCUUUUUGCUGGCACCCAUAUGCGAGACGAUAUUGCCUCUGAGGCCUAUGAGGAUGAGCUGGACAUGGGUCGAUCUGGAUCGUACCUGAACAGUAGCAUAACCUCUGCGUGGAGCGAGCACAGUCUGGAUCCUGAGGACAUUCGGACACCAGACGAAAUGGGCCAUCUCAGUUCUAUUAAUGGCUGUGGCGUAAGGCCUUGUGACAGUCUUUGGGAAAAAUAUACCAAUGAAGAGCUUAAAAAACUCUACUCCCAGUUGGAGAUUUACAAGAGGAAGAAGAUGCUGGCAAACAACCCUCAUCUCCAGAAGAAGCGCAGCUCUAAGAAAGGGCUGGGCCGUUCCCUAAUGAGACGCAUUACUGAGAUCCCCGACUCAGUUCACCGGCAGUGCAGCCGUGAGGACAAAGAGUCUGGAGAACAUGGCAGCAAACGAAACAGUAUGUGCAUGCUGAAGAAGAACCCAGUCGAGCCAACUCACCCAGCAAAACCAGCAAAGGAGGAGACAGUGAAGAACAAUGUUUUCUCCCUAAAGAAGUCCCACAGUAGCUACGACCACGUCCGUGACCAGAGUGAAGACUCCAACAGCUCAGCACCGGACAAGAUGGAGGUGGCCACAGCCGAGGGCUCUCUUGUGGAUACACUUAUGGGCAGGAAGCUUGUUAAGAAGAAGUCCAAUGAAAAUAUAAGUGUCCCCAGUGAGUCCACAGAAUCAGUUCCUUUAGUCUGCAAGUCUGCCAGCGCCCAUAACCUAACAGCAGAUAAGAAACCAAUCCACCCCAGAGCCUCAAUGCUGCAGAAAUCCCUUAGUGUGAUUGCCAGUGCCAAAGAGAAGACUUUGAGCUUAACAGCAAAGACCCAGAGUGCAGAGGAGAGCAAUAAGAAGUGUCAGCCAAAGAGCAGAGACACAAGGGCCAGUGCAGAACCAGACAACGAAUACCAACCUAAGAUGAUCAUUAGCCAGUCAGUUGAGUACAAAGAGAGUGUGGCAAAAGGCAGGGUUUUGAAACAACCGGUGAGUGGCAGCCAACCUUCAAUUUGUUCUGAUUCAGUAAAGGCUAAGGAUCUCUAUGAUCUCUCAGAGGUGUGUCCCUGGGAAGUGGAAGAUCUCCCAACACCGUCUGAAAACAAGGUUCAAAAGCAUGUAUCCAUAGCGCCAAAGGAAACCACAACAAUUCACGGAGGAAGCACCAAAGGAGGAAAGUCUCAACAGCAGAAGCAGAGAGCUUCUGAUCAAUCGCCAUCAAAUGGUAGAAGUUCAAAGGAAACACAGCAGAAGACCACUGCUGUUCGAGCAGAGGUAUGUCCAUGGGAAGAGGGAAGUGAGAGAGGUACUAGUCGAGUGGAAGGCUCCAAGCAACUAAUAUCCAGUCAGGCUAGCCAGUAUGCUAAAACACAGCGACCUCAUUCUGCAGUAGAAAGUGGAAAGCUUGACAACACUCGACCAAGUGUUUGUCCCUGGGACUUUGAAGAGGCUCAUAAGACAACAGACCUAGCACGCUCAAUGGAUACAACAAAGCAGACAAAGGGCACCUCGCCUGCAGAUGGCCGAGGGAAAUGUACCCCUACGGAUCCAUCCAAAGUAGGAGGGCCACUCCAGCCACCAACUUCAAAAGCUGAGGUAUGUCCCUGGGACUAUGACAGCACCGCUGUAUCUCCCAAUUCUGAGAGGACACCCAGUCCCUCUCGGCCGACCAAAACCAAGGAGUCACCUUCAAAAAAGAAGGGUUCCCUCCCCACGAAAACAUUUGAGAAGGAACAAUUGAAAGAUACUAAUGAUGACAGAAGCAGAACAAAAGCAAAGGACAAGAAUAAAUCUUCAGAGAAACAUAUGAGCCAGCAAAAAAUGGCUGAUGUAUGUCCAUGGGAGGUAGAGAGUCAUCAGGAGGUUCCGUUGGUGGAAAAAAGGAGAAGCGCUAAUGUAGGAGCAGCCAAAGCAAAACAGGCUGAAGUCUGUCCGUGGGAGUUUGAGGAUACAUCAGAUAAGAAAGGUACAGACAAAGGGUCUUUGAAACAAAGCAAUCCUAAUCCCACAGGCGGGAUUCUGGGCGCCAAUAAAACCGCAGAUGUUUGUCCCUGGGACUUUGAGGAUAGCACUUCAACACGGAGGCAUGACACUCAACUUUAAUGGACCGCUGACGUUAAAGUUACUGAUGUUACUUUUUUCACUUUGUAGUGGUUAAAUCUUACCUUUUACAGCUUGGAAGACAAGUUCGUUAAGUUCCACAAGUUGCCUUCCUUUAUGAGUUUUGUUUUCCUGUUUUAAGCAAAUCCACCACAAAUGAAACAAGGUCAUGACAAGCAUUCCAGAAUAUUACAGUAAACGUUGAAGACAAAUCUUAGACUAAUUAUGCAACUUUUGAUUUUUUACUUCAUGACUAUUGUUGAACAUUUGCAUUUGUUAUGGUUCUUUUUUUGCGUUUCCACCACGACUUUACAUGAUUAACUACACGUAAGGUGUAACACUAGUUUUCUGUAAAAAGAAGAAUAGAUUGUAGGUUUUGAGUACAAAAGUGAAAGCCAAAGAAUAAGGAAACAUUUGCAAGGAGGAAUGUUGGUCUUCAACGCUAAUGAGUUUAGUUUGUGUGUAACUCGUGGAAUAGAGGAAAGGACUCAGAGAGGAAAUCAGCCUUUAGCACUUUAUCCAACUCCAUAAAUUACAAACUGAUGACAGACUCUGUUCUUCUUGUACAUUUCGUCUUCUUUUUUUCAUCUUUCUCGCAUGAUGCCACACACAACCAACCAAAAUUGGACAUGUUUUUGUUUAGAUCUAUUUAAUUGUAGUUCUCUGCAGAUUAAAAGUCUUCCGAGUCUGCAGAGAUGUACUGUAUGUGCCUAAUUAACUAGCAUUGUCUUGUAUCACUCUGAAGUGAAGCAAGCGACUUCUCCUUCAGCAUUUUGUGACAGUGAAUUAUAUAAACAGCAUGCACAACCAGGUGUGGGGAGCAGUUGGACUCUCCUGGUUUGUCAACUAAAGCAGAUACCGUGUUGACAAAUGUAUAAUGUUAUUCUAGAUGACUUUUUUAAAACCAGAUGCACUCCCUUUUAUUGCGUUCAUAUUUCCAAAAGCUCACUCUGAAUGGUAAAGAUUGUGCGAGCGACAUUAACGUGAAUGUUUGUCAAAAUGGCUCAAAUGUUUGCUGUAAAAAGUAGGGAAAGAAGAAUCCAGAGGCACAACUGGGGAAAUAAUUUGCACCAGCUUUGUUUUGUAAUCCAGCAUGCGUCUUUGUGUUCGCCAAGUGUGUAUGUAUGGGUGUCUGAGUAUAAAUUACAACUAAAAAGUCAAUGCAGUACCUUAAAGGUUUGAUAUGUAAUCAGGUUUUGACAGCACUUUCUUCUUUACAUUUCCUGUUUCAGUCAAAUACAACAGCGAUCAGGUUAACACAUUUUACACAGACUUAUUCAUUCCUUCAGUUCUGACUAGCGUUUCUGCUGGUAACAAUAACGUAGUGCUCAUCAUGUUCCAGUAAUUACCGGAGGCAACAUCAAGACGAGAUUUGUGUGGGCAGGAAGAUAAGCACACAAGGAAAGUUUUAAAACCGAAGCUGAAACUGCUUGAAAACAGAAAGACGAUACCCCACCACCAUCAACCAGCAGCAUUCCAACCACUUAUAUAUUAAUGUCUUGUCAUAUCAAUGUCAUAGCUCAGAUAUUGGAUGUUAUUGGCUGUAAGAGGCCAUAUCCCCGCUCUCUCUAUAGGCACAGGUUUGUGAGUUGUUGCAAAAAGUUGGCAGAAUGAUGAUCUAAUAAGGAAAACUGUGGCUCAAGAAUAAAGAUCUGAACCAAACAAGUAAUUUGAAGAAUAGUUUACACACAUUUACAGGCAUGAAAUGUCCAAGACAAGCUCCAUUAGCAGCUCACUUUGCCUCCAAAUGAAGCGGUUUAGAUCCUCUCCUCAAAUUCUCCAGAUCUAAGCAAUAAUUUUGGUGGGCACAGUUUUAUCAGACAGAAACCUCGGCCAGACCUACAGUAUAAAAAUAGGAUCUGAGUUUUAAUAUUUGAACAUUUUUAAGCAUUAGCAUUACUCCCCCAUCAAUUUGCAUUUCUGUACUGAAUGUUCACAAGUAGCAUAAUGCAUGUGCUUUCCAGUGGUAUGCAAAGUAGACUAAAGGCCAACCAGUGAAUUAUGCUAAUAUUUUUAGAGCUAGCAACGUGGUUUCUAUUACGAAUUGGAAUGAACCUUUUCAGGGUUUUGAUUUAUUUAGUAUUUUAUAUUAAAAUGUCUUAUGCUAUCAUGCGAUCUGUCCAUCUUGGGAUUCAAGUGACAAAAAGAAAUCUCCCACUUAAAAUAAAACACCAGACAAUGUGUGUUGUUGUGUAUAAAAGCAUCUCCGGUACUUUAUGUGUUGUGAGAAUGACUUAGUAUCAUGGAAUGUCGUCGCUGAUUGUAAUUAUCGGUAAUUGCUGUCAAAUUGUUCACGAGAAGCUGUCCAGCGUCUGUAGGAGUCCUUGUUAAUGUUGACAAUAUUCAGCGCUGGUCAGAAACAGCUGCUGUGAGCCGUUGGAUUAGACCCCAUCUGAAAUGAGCUCAGGAGAAAAAAAUCCAGAGACAAACAUUUGUUGCCUUUUUUUAUCAGAUUCAGUUCAGCCACAACUCCACAGCUAAACUCCAUAAAUGUGAUUUGGAUGCUGUGCCCUAGAUCUGCCUCCGCCCACUGGGAAAUUACCUCUGCCGCUGACCUGUGGGGGGCUCGUCUGAAAUAUUUCCAAUGUGUAGUGUUUGCCUUUAAGCGCGAGAUUUGUCAUCACCUCUGCUUUAUGAGCUCUUUUACUGGCGUCUGAGAAGAACUGUAUUCGUGCAUGGAUUGACUGUAAUGCUUUGAUGGAUCUAUAUGAUAUUGUGAACCAGAUGUUAGGCAUCAUCCAUCACAUGCAUUGUGGUAGUAGAUGAAACCCGACCCCUGCUAUGAAAACAACUUCUGUAUAUUUCAAAAGCACUUUUAUCAAGAAAUUAAAAAAAAACACCUGAUUUCACUGCCACACUGCAUCUUACUGCCCUGGGUGAUGAAUAAUACACUGUAUGCUUUCCUUGUAUUUACAUAACCAUGGUUUUGUUAGUUUAAAAUCACAAUAAGCAUUUUUAGUCAUUUUACAAAACAGAUGUGUUUCUUUUAUAGGUCAAAACUAUUUUUUUUACACGUAUAUAUAUAUAAAUAUAUUUAUGCUGAUUUAGGACAUUUCCAGACCAGAAUAGUUGGAGCACAAAAGAAACCUGAUAAUAUAUAGAGCAGAAUCUCCCACUGUUAUAUGAAAAAGCAUUAGUUGCACAACGGGGUGUUGUGUUUUACCCUCAUCCGUCCAGAUCGUGUACUUGCAGUAGCGUUCCUCAGUUCAGCCAGUCAGUUCAUAGCUGUCUGUAUAUUAAACUGUGUCUUAACUGUCUGUUUCUCUGGAGAUUAUCACUGUAUUUCAGCUUGUUGAAGUUCGAAACCUCAGACAUUUCACUUGUGCAGACUGCGACCAUUGUUCUUGUACCGUCUCGACGUAGCUCUUUGUCCACCGAUCAGAUCUUUACCGCGGUGCAGCUACUCCCAUCUAAGCCUGACUCCUCUCUUUUCUCGUGACCAAACCAAGUCGCCCAAUGGUGAAUACAACAACUACUAAUGCUACUAUACUACUAUUCGAUGCUGUAACGUCGUAAAUCUUGCUCUUGUGGCUUCUGCAUGAAUUCAAGAAAUUAGUAGGACUGAUGUUUCACUGCCAUUGAUAGAACAAAAAAGAAAAAAAAGAUCUUUAUGGACUGUUACAAGUUGUAUAGUGAGUGAUACUGUCCCUAACCCACUGUAUUAUGUGCUUGUUAUAACUAUUGCUCUAUGACAAGCUUCUAGCAUCCAUAUAUGGGAAUAUUUGGUAGAUUUAUAUUGUGUCAUAUUGUGAUAGCAUGUACAUAAAAGAUACCUCCUCUGCAAUAAAUAUUUAUAUGAAAACUG